CUGCAUUGGUGCGUAUCGCAUUUUUAUAUUGUACCUGUGCUUAACACAUAACCGACAUUUGAUCGCGCAACCUUCUGCAAGUAAACCGUGAAAGAUGCUUUCCAGGACCCGGGCUCCCUCCUCAUUGGCUCAUUCCACCUGCGAAGCCCCCAUGAUACAGCUACCUGCAACAGUUGUGCAACGGAGGGCUCCCAUUGGUGCCCCAUCAGCGGUGGGAGCGUGCAACCCAGUCGCGGGUCGGCAUCGUGCAGCGCCAGCCCUUGCCAGUCGCACGCGGACCGUCGCUACGCCCGCGACAGCUGCUCCAGCUGCCACUAGCACGCAGCAGGUGGCGGACGUCGAGAACGUUGUCAUCAUCGGCUCGGGGCCAGCGGGAUACACGGCUGCCAUCUAUGCCGCCCGAGCUAACCUCAAACCUGUCGUGUUUGAGGGCUUCCGCAAUGGUCGCGGCGGGCAGCUGAUGACCACCACCGAGGUCGAGAACUUCCCAGGUUUCCCUGAGGGCAUCACCGGCCCUGACUUGAUGGACCGCAUGCGCAAGCAGGCGGAGCGCUGGGGCAGCGAGCUGUACACUGAGGACGUGGAGCAGGUGGACCUGUCCGUGCGCCCCUUUGUCAUCCGCAGCUCCGACCGCGAGCUGCGCGCGCACAGCGUCAUCAUCGCCACCGGCGCCACCGCCAAGCGGCUGGGGCUGCCCAGCGAGAACACCUUCUGGAGCCGGGGCAUCAGCGCCUGCGCCAUCUGCGACGGCGCCAGCCCGCUGUUCAAGAACGCGGAGGUGGCGGUGGUGGGCGGCGGCGACAGCGCCACGGAGGAGGCCGUGUACGUGACCAAGUACGCCAAGCACGUUCACCUGCUGGUGCGCGGCGAGCGCAUGCGCGCCUCCAAGGCGAUGCAGGACCGCGUGCUGGCCAACCCGCGCAUCACCGUGCACUUCAACACGGGCAUCGAGGACGCGUUCGGCGGCGAGGUGCUGCAGGGACUGCGCCUCUUCGACACGCGGACAGGCGAGAAGCGGUCACUGGACGUGCAGGGUAUGUUCUACGGCAUUGGCCACACGCCCAACAGCAAGCUGGUGGCGGGGCAGGUUGAGCUGGACGAGGCGGGCUACGUCAAGGUGGCGCACGGCGCCGCCACCAGCGUGCCGGGCGUGUUCUCCGCCGGCGACCUGCACGACACCGAGUGGCGCCAGGCCAUCACCGCCGCCGGCUCGGGCUGCAUGGCGGCGCUGUCCGCGGAGCGCUACCUCACCGCCAACAACCUGGUGCGCGAGUUCAAGCAGAAGGAUGAGCCCGCAGCACACGGCCACGCGGCGGCGGCCGGCGGCAACGGCAACGGCAACGGCCACGCCGCCGCCGCGGCCAACGGCGGGUCCGAGGCCAAGGCCACGAGCUCCAUUGACACGCCGGAGACCUUUGACCUGUCGGCCGACAAGCACAAGGGCCAGUACGCGCUGCGCAAGCUGUACCACGAGAGCGACCGCCUCAUCUGCGUGCUGUACACGUCGCCCACGUGCGGGCCCUGCCGCACGCUCAAGCCCAUCUUCAACGGCGUGGUGGAUGAGUACACGGGCAAGGUGCACUACGUGGAGAUUGACAUUGAGCAGGACCCCGAGAUUGCCGAGGCGGCUGGCGUGAUGGGCACGCCCACGGUGCAGAUGUUCAAGGACAAGGCGCGGGUGGAGCAGCUGAGCGGCGUCAAGAUGAAGAAGGACUAUCGCGCCAUCAUUGAGAAGUACGUGCCCGCCGCCGUGUCCGCGUGAAGCAGCCCCAGCCAUGGGCUGCCUACUGAGGAACACGGGGAGAGCCCGCGGCGGAGCGGAGGCCUUUGGAGCCGUAGGCGGUCGUGGGGGCUGGAGGCGGCAGGAAGCCGGCGGACUGGCGGCCGAGGAGGCGAGCGCCGGCCCGCUCCAUCUCCCCGCGUCUUGAUCCUUGCUUCCCAUGCAGCGGCGGUGCAAGCACGCGAGCUGACGCCGGGCGCAGUGAGCGAGUGGGCGGGGACUGGCAACCUGGAGCGGGAGCUGGACUUGGCGCCGACCCACUAGGCGCGAGCUUCUAGGUGUUGUUUGGUGACGAGGUUCGGGUCGGGAUGCAUGCUGCGAGGUGUCAUUGGGGCUGCACGGUUUCGUCCAUCGCAUGCGCUGCCGCGAAUGGGGUCCAGACGACAGCGCUUGGCUUCGGAUUGCAUCACAUCGCAUGUGGAGCAAGUGCAGAGGCGUAGUGUUGCUCACUCCGCCUUUAGGAGCUAUGAGGGCUGAGGUUGUAUCGGGCGGAGGGCAAACGCACUGCGUGCACGCACAUAGCAAGCUGGACCACGGGCGCUGCUGUGCGUCGCACAUUUUGUUCACGUCGGGCCUGACUUUGCGGGCUUUGCUCUUAAGAGUGCGGGACCAGCGGUUGGGGAAAGCCCAAACCUUGAAUACAUGAUUGGGAGGAAUGCCUGUGACUGCGCGUGUGCGUGUUUCAAGAGGGGCAUGAACUUAUGGACAGCAUUGUCCCCAGGCAGAUUCCCCACGCAGAGGGUUGUGUUCGGGGUCGGAGUGAGUGGCAGGUGUCAGUCCGUUUUAUGCAGUUGGUGUCUGUGGUUAUGUUUUAUUUGGCAGGCGGACGUGCACGGCACCGUGGACCGCGCUGGACUCACAUGUUCAUCUAGAUACGAGCAUAUACCUGUGUGCGCAAUGGUUCAUUGCAGAAGCGCCAGACAUAAAGAGAGAGGGACGUGAAAGGCACCCGGCGAGCAGACCGCGAAGCGCCCACGUGUUGGAGGCACGCCUGGGCGAAGCCAGUCCUUUAUUCGGUUGAGUGACACUGAGAGAGCAUCGGGAAAGCAACCCCGGAGAGAGUGAGCCGUGCUGACGAGCAAUUUAUGGGUCCCCUUGGGCGACACCUUCCUUCUAUGAUGUUGCAUCAAGGGAUAGGUGUAAUGGCAGGUACAUGGCAGGCUGCUGAAAGGUUGUCCGGCGCACAGGCUGUGUAAUGUUUAAGCUUUGAGCAACUGAUCUGCUGCAACAACGGAAGACAUGGCCUUUCGGGGAUGCACUGGAAUGACAACACCGUAGCUGCCAUGCGGGGGGGGGGGGCGAGCCGCUUGCCGGAAGGUUGCCUGACUUGCCAUGUCCCCGCCUGACCGUUGGGCCCAGCCAGAGGGCCUUGCUGGCGCUUGUGGCAGUAGGUCGGCAUUGCUGGCGCUUCCGCACUUUGGUGCCGUUUUGGGUUCCAUGGAGGCCGUGGAGGCCAUGCGCCACCCCAGGCCGGAGGUGAAGCAGAUGCUGGAGGGCGCGGCGCUACUAGAGCAGAUCAAGGCGCGCCACCGGCCGCUGACAGCGGGGGGCGGGGAGAGUAGCUACUGCGAGGAGCCGGCGCUGAAGCGGCAGCGGCCUUGCGGACUCGCGCCAGGAAGAGGUGACGUCUGAAGGUGCGUGAGGCCCCGGCAGCGCUUGUAUCUUACGAAGGCAGGGGCGGCGUCAGUGGCCGAAUUCCUUAAAAUGGCUUCGUUUAAUUGACGAAACA